GCGGGGAGCGCAGCGCGCCGCGGGCCGGGGGCGCCGCCGCCUGAACCCCCGGGGGCUCCUCGUCCCCGCGCACGGUGCUGCUUUGGUUUCAUUCUUUUAGGAGGCUCUGUUCUCCCCCCUCCUCCGCCCUCCCCCCCGUCCAAGAAAGCCUGAAGCACAAAGAUAUUUCUUCAUUUCUUCUUCCACCUGCUGUUGGCUUCCAGAGCACAACUGUUCGAACUCAGGGGGGCAGAGUCCGCCGGGUACUUCCUAUUCUUUUGCGGCAGACUGGGACUGUGUAAAGUGGAUUUUACAUUUUUUUUUUUCAUUUCCUAGUAGCUAUUUGUACAGAUGCUUACACGUUGCUAAUUACUGAAGUGUUUUAUCUUACAACCCUCGCUGGAGGAGGUAGGACUACAGAGGGUCGCGCCUGACACCCCUGUACGAGUGCAGUGAUGAAUCUCUCGUGUAGCUGAAGUACAGCCUGGUUGGAAUAUGCUGCAGACAAUUUACGAGAGUGAAUCGUGUUUUUCCUCAGAUGGGGUUUCUGGACGGGAGCAGCUCUUGGCUCAGCAAAGAAUGCACAGUAUGAUCAGCUCAGUGGAUGUAAAAUCGGAGGUUCCCGUGGGAUUAGAGCCUAUCUCACCGUUAGACUUGCGAACUGAUCUCAGGAUGAUGGUUCCCAUGGUGGACCCAAUUAUGCGUGAAAAGCAGCUCCAGCAGGAACUACUACUGAUCCAGCAGCAGCAGCAAAUUCAGAAACAACUGCUGAUUGCAGAGUUUCAGAAACAGCAUGAAAACCUGACCCGCCAGCACCAAGCCCAGCUCCAGGAGCACAUAAAGUUACAACAGGAACUCCUAGCCAUUAAACAACAGCAAGAACUCCUCGAAAAAGAGCAGAAACUGGAGCAGCAGAGGCAAGAGCAGGAACUGGAGAGGCAUCGCAGGGAACAGCUUCCGCCCCUCAGAGGCAAAGAAAGAGGCCGAGAAAGGGCAGUGGCCAGUACAGAAGUGAAGCAGAAACUUCAAGAGUUCCUGUUGAGUAAAUCAGCAACAAAAGACUCUCCAGCAAAUGGAAAGAAUCAUUCCAUGAGCCGCCACCCCAAGCUCUGGUACACGGCUGCCCACCAUACCUCACUGGAUCAAAGCUCUCCACCCCUGAGUGGGGCCUCGCCACCAUACAAAUACACUUUACCUGGAGCACAGGAUGCCAAGGAUGAUUUUCCACUUCGUAAAACGGCUUCAGAGCCCAAUUUGAAGGUGCGUUCGAGGUUAAAACAGAAGGUGACAGAAAGGAGAAGCAGCCCUUUGCUCAGAAGGAAGGAUGGAACUGUUGUCAGUUCAUUCAAGAAGAGACUCUUUGAGGUGACAGAAUCCUCAGUCAGUAGCAGCUCUCCUGGAUCAGGUCCCAGUUCCCCAAGCAAUGGUCCGACUGGUAGUAUAACAGAAAAUGAAACCUCGAUUUUGCCAGCUAACAUUCAAGCUGAGCAUCUGGUUUCACAGCAACGUCUUUUGAUACAAGAAGAAUCAGUGAACUUGCUGAGUCUGUACACAUCCCCUUCUCUACCCAACAUUACCUUGGGACUUCCAGCCGUACAAUCUCACAUCAGUGCUUCAUCGUCAUUCAAAGAAAAACAGAAGGGAGAGACCCAGCCGCUGAGACAAGGAGUGGCCUUGGCUGGACAGUAUGGGGGGAACAUUCCUCCCGCUUCAACUCAUCCCCACGUUGCUUUGGAGGGAAAGCCAAAUAGCAGCCACCAAGCUCUUUUGCAACAUCUGUUACUGAAAGAACAAAUGAGACAGCAGAAGCUUCUUGUGACUGGAGCGGUUCCUCUUCAUCCUCAGUCUCCUUUAGCAGCAAAGGAAAGAGUCUCACCUGGCAUAAGAGCUGCCCACAAACUGCCUCGUCACAGGCCACUAAAUCGAACCCAGUCAGCUCCUCUUCCUCAGAGUACUUUGGCCCAGCUGGUUAUCCAGCAGCAACAUCAACAAUUUUUGGAGAAGCAGAAACAAUACCAGCAACAGAUCCACAUGAAUAAGAUGCUCUCCAAGUCCAUUGAACAGCUAAAGCAGCCUGGCAGUCACCUGGAGGAAGCCGAAGAAGAGCUGCAUGGAGAUCCCUCAAUGCAGGAGGAAGGAGCUCCUGCUAGUGGUGCCAGCAUUAGGGCUGAGAGCAGCAGUGCUGGUGUGGAUGACAGAAUAGGACAGCAGGUGGGGGCUGUGAAAGUCAAAGAGGAGCCGCCCGACAGUGAUGAGGAUAUUCAGACCCAGCAAAUGGAAUCUGGGGAGCAAGCUGCUUUUAUGCAACAGGUAAUAGGCAAAGAUUUAGCUCCAGGAUUUGUCAUUAAGGUUAUUAUCUGAACAGCACAUGCAUUUUCUAGGCUUUGAUAAGCAAUUGUGUUUUGAUUCACUGAACUAGCAAAUCCCAGUUUAUCGUUCAAGGAAUUUAACAAUGACAGAGGUGUUGUAUGCACACUUAAAACCAUAGUGAAGCUCUUCCUUAAGGCCACUAGUUGAGAGAAAUACCUGUUGCCAUCUCUACCUAAAUCUUUGCAUAAUAAAUAGAAUAUGUAUUAGGCCAGGAUUGUCAUGACAUCGCUUAGUUCUCGUGAAAUGGAAUUGUGUCACCUAGCUCCUUGAGAGCAGCAAUUGCUGGAAUUAGUUUCCAGACCUGAUUAAUGAAACAGUCUUGUUCUCUGAUUUUGAAUCCUCUGACUUUUGCUUUCAUCUGUCUGUAUAUAAUGUAUCAUACUGUAGUCUUCAACACUGUUAACAAUAGGGUAUUUUCUUCCCAGUAGACAGGUACUGACUGCUAUAUUGGUGGUCCCAGGCUUGUGUAUAAAGUAUACUGCAGAGAAGACUAGAAAUACAUGGUGGAUGUAAAGAUGCAAAGCAAGGCACUGUUUAAAAAAUGCAUUGUUUUCUUUUUUGCACUGCUUAGUUUAUUUUUCAUUCUGUCUUAUUUGAUGAUACUGUCCACAGAGACAUCCUCCAAUGAAGCAGAUGCAAAUACUGGCGAGAAGCAAAAUGCAGCAUUAGGUUCCAGUCAGAUACUACGAUAUUGCAGGAAAAGCACAGAACUAUUAUUAUUACCGGAUAUCCAAUCACUUGUUUAUUUUUUUAAAUAAAGAUUAAUCAUACAAUAUUGCAUAACCUUUACCGCUAGGUCUCAUGGACGUAUUCUAAGCUAAUGACUGUGUAUAAAAUGCCAGCUUGGCAAAAGGCAAACGCAAGUCGUUGCAGAGUAUUUUACAAAUGCUGGAAAGCGAAGUGCGUUGAGCUAGUGUGCAUUUUCAGAAAGCUGGGGUCCUUGUGGUUGCUGGAAAAUCAGGCAGAGCAAUGCUGGAUGCAGUGGAAGGCACUGUUUAUUUAAGUCGCUACUUUGUCAGGUCCCUGCUGUUCUCCUGCAGAAAAGCGAUUCUGCGAGGGGGAACAGGAAAUGCCUUAUGGAAACAGGAAGCCCAAGUGAUUCAUGUGCUGAGGAAUGUAAGGCAGGGGGAACGGGCUAGUGUUCGCUCUGUUUUUAAAGGCACUCUAUGAAUUGAUUUAUUGUCAAAGAAAAUAACAAAGCAAGUAGGGAAAUUGUUAAGGAAGCUUUCCAGUGAAACAUUUCCUUCAUAUUCCCUUUUGAUAUGUUUACCUUGUUUUAUAGGUUUACUUUUGUUAAGCUCGUUAAAGAUUCAUUGUAUUAAGACCCCCUUUAAUAUGGAUAAGCCCAAAUUGACCUGGAAUCCUUGUCAGGUUUUUUUUCUAUUAAAAAUAUUUAUAUUUCUAAAGCUAAGGUAUUUUAAGGUGCAGUAUCCUGUUUCAAAAGAGAUAGCUGUUUUGCCAAACGUAGAAAUUGUUCUAAUAUAUGCUAUUAGCAUGUGUUGUUUACAUUUUGCUCUAAUAUUAUUAAAUCUCUCAUAAAAUGUUACAACUUCUAAAGAUACAUUAUCCUUUUUAUUAAAAAGAUCUCCAAACAAAUUAAAUGACUAAAUAGUUGCUAUAAAAUGAAAGGCUUCCUGAAACAUUAGAUCAUCUUUUAUAGGAAAGAUUUAUUAAUUGACAAAAUGCAGGUGUUUUUUUAUGUGUGCUUCAUAUUUUAAUAAUAAUCUUUCACCAUCUUGGAUUGAAAAAUCACAUUCACUUUCAAAUAUUUCACAUAUAUAGAGAUGAAAUUGUAUAUUUUUCCCGUUCUGUAUAAUUUCUUUUUCUUUUGCCUUGUCAAAAAGGGAUAGUGCAUCUUUUAAGUUACAUUUUAUUUGGGGAGAAACUUGCAAAUGAGAAGACUUUUGUACGACAUCACUUCAAAUACGUGUAUUCACAAAGGACAAAAGAUAUUUUUAUAAUGUCAUUCAGGUGACAAGCCCCAGUACAUUAGUGGAGUUCAACUUCAAAAUCUUUCAAAUUCAGAUAAAAUUAGAGAAACUACCUGGAAACCAGUGAAAAGGAAAACUGGGUUUAAACAACCACAUUUCUAAUUGAUAAUUGUCUCUUACGUUUUAAAUCUACUGUAUUUAUUAUAAUUUACACCCUUAGAGGUGAUCUCUUGUUUUGUGUUGUAAAUAUAUUCUGUUUGUAUGUUCCCUUUUUUUGCCUUCUGAUAUAAGUCUCUUCCUUUCUCAAAUAAAGGUUUUUUUUUUAAAAGAUCCCUUUUCAGAUAUUUGACUUUGUGUAAAGUUGAUAACUUAGUUGUGCUUUUGCUUUUGUAUAACCAAAUGUGCUUGCUACACAUUAUUGAAACAAUUGAAGUUUUCAGGAGCAACGUUUUAAUUACACUAUUUUUACAAUGAUUACACAAAGUCUAUUUUUUGGUCUCUUGUUUCAUCUUUUAUCAACCAUUAUAAGUUUUAGUGAAUGUGGAAAUACUAUUGAUGCAUGCUCGUUUUCCCAUCAUGGCAUUUGUCUUGACCAUGUGAUCAUAAAUAACACCAUUUUGGAAAGAUAAA